CACUUAAUUCAUUUGAACACCGCGUCACUGAAAGUGAAACCAGGGCUUGAAGAAGCCAAAAUGGGUGAAAAAAUAUUGAGAAUUUCACAGCAUUUGAAGCAUGUGAUUUCUAAGCGAAAUUAUGCAUCAAAAAAAGUAAUGGCAAUAAGGAGAGAAGAUCAAAGUAUUUGGGAGAGGAGGGCUCCGUUCGCUCCAACUCAUGUUAGGAAAUUAGUGAAGCAAGGAAUUAAAGUGAUAGUCCAACCUAGCAACCGAAGAGCUUACCCAAUGCAAAAUUAUUUGAAUGCUGGAGCGAUUGUGCAAGAAGAUAUAUCCGAAGCCAGCGUAAUUUUCGGAGUGAAACAAGUGCCUAUAGAUCAACUGAUUCCGAAUAAGACCUAUUGUUUAUUCUCGCAUACUAUAAAGGCUCAGGAGAGUAAUAUGCCCCUUCUAGAAGCGAUUCUCGAAAAACAUAUAAGACUGAUAGAUUAUGAGAAGUUGGUAGACGAGAAAGGGCAGAGAGUGGUAGCUUUUGGCAAAAUGGCCGGUGUUGCGGGAACUGUAAACAUCCUCCACGGGUUAGGACUCAGACUGUUAGCCCUAGGACACCACACGCCUUUCAUGCACAUCGGACCAGCUCACAAUUACCGGAAUUGCAGUAUGGCUUUCCAAGCCAUCAGGGACGCCGGCUACGAAAUAGCUCUUGGUUUGAUGCCCAAAUCUGUCGGUCCUCUCACCUUUGUGUUCACCGGAUCUGGAAACGUUUCACAAGGUUCUCAGGAAGUAUUUCAAGAACUCCCGCACGAAUAUGUUGCACCCGAUAUGCUCCGGAAGGCUGCAGAGCACGGCAGUCUUAACAAAGUCUAUGGGUGUGUGGUUAGAAGGAGGGACUACUUGGAGAGAGAGGGAGGAGGCGGUUUCGAUCCUGUAGAAUACGAGGAGCAUCCGGAAAGGUACAUAUCGACCUUUAGCAAGAAAAUCGCCCCUUACGCUUCGGUCAUCAUCAACGGGAUUUAUUGGGCGGUCAACAGUCCCAAAUUGAUGACGAUCCCCGACGCCAAACAUCUCCUCAGACCGGCACACACCCCUUGGUUGCCCACAUCGGUUGGCGCCCCUGCCCUACCCCACAGGAUGUUGGCCAUCUGCGAUAUAUCAGCAGAUCCCGGUGGAUCGAUCGAAUUCAUGAACGAGUGCACGACGAUAGACAAUCCUUUCUGCUUAUACGACGCCGACCGAAACAAGGAUACCAACAGCUUCAGCGGACCUGGAGUACUGGUGUGCAGCAUAGACAACAUGCCCACUCAGUUACCCAGAGAGAGUACAGACUUUUUUGGAGAUCUGCUUAUUCCCUUCACUACCAACAUUUUGCAGUCCAAUGCUGAAUUGCCGUUGGAGAAACAUUCCUUUUCACCUGUGGUCACUGGGGCAAUAAUAGCAAGCAACGGAAAGUUGACGCCCAAUUUCGAAUACAUAACGGAACUAAGAAAACAACCAACGAAACUGAGGGACAAAGGAUCUGCCGACGUGCCGGAAAAGAAGAAAAAGGUCCUAGUGGUCGGCGCCGGCAGAGUAGCAGCUCCGCUCAUAGAAUACCUCCACCGGGACAACAGCAUCGGCAUCACGGUAGCCUGCGAAAAGAUAGAGCUGGGUAACUCUCUGGCUUCCACGUAUCCGGGAGUGGAGAGCACUUACCUCAACGCCGCCGAGAACGUUCCCCUCCUCCAGGAGAUGGUGUCCACCGCAGACUGCGUCGUGUCCAUCUUGCCUGCCAACUUGCAUCACAUCAUCGCCAAGGCUUGCGUUGCCGAGAAGACUCACAUGGUGACGGCCAGUUACAUGAACGAAGACAUAAAAAGGCUGCAUGACGACGCCCAAGAAAACGGAGUCACCAUCUUGAACGAGAUAGGGCUCGAUCCCGGCAUCGACCAUCUGUUGGCUUUGGAGUGCAUCCAGGAGAUCAAGUCGCAGGGAGGUUACGUGACUUCAUUCGAAUCCUUCUGCGGUGGCCUACCAGCACCAGAGUUCAGCGAUAAUCCCUUAAGGUACAAGUUCUCCUGGUCUCCAAGAGGCGCGUUGUUGAACACCCUGUCUUCAGCGAGGUAUUUGAGCAAAGGACAAAUAGUAGAAAUCAAGGAGGGCGGCGACCUGAUGAGGUCCACCAAAUCUUUGGACUUCUUGCCCGGUUUCAACUUGGAAGGAUUCCCCAACAGAGAUAGUAUUAUCUACGGUGAACAUUACGGCAUAGCAAAAGCUGCAACGAUCCUCAGGGGCACCUUGAGAUAUUCCGGAUUCUCGCAGGCCGCCAGAAUAUUGCAAGCUAUAGGCCUUCUGGACACCGAACCUCAUCCCUCUUUACAUUCUCAAGGACCGGACAUAACGUGGAGAGAUUUAAUUUGUAAUUUAUUAGGAAUCGAAGAUAGGAGUAUACUUUACGACAACAUAACUAACAUGAUAACAGAAAGGACCGGAUCGGAUUCGGCAGUUGAUCUACUAGAAGAUUUGGGACUUUUAGAAGAGAACGGUGUGAUUAAGUGUGGGACACCUUUGGAUACCCUAACUCAGUAUUUAUCCACAAAACUAGCUUUAGACAAAAACGAAAGGGAUAUAGUGAUCUUGAGGCAUGAAUUGGGUGUGGCGUGGCCUGGCGGCAAAAAAGAAAUUAGAGGAGUAAAUUUUGUUGUUUACGGUGACAUAAACGGACAUUCUGCCAUGGCGAAAACAGUUGGAAUACCCGCAGCUAUAGCUACAAAGAUGAUAUUAGACGGCGAAAUUCAAGAAAGAGGCUCAAUCUUACCAUUCGCACCUGAAAUUUACAGAACGAUAUUAUCAAGGCUGAAAAAUGAAGGAUUAAAAGCAAUUGAAACUUCGAGAUUUCAUUGAAUACCAUGCAUUCUCUUCAAAAAAUUCUUUUAUUAUUUUAUUCACCGAGGAAAAAUAGACUGAAAUUUCCUAUCUUAUAAAUGUGAAAUGUAUUUAUAAUGAUAACUCUGAACAAAAUAAAAUAAGUAACUUUAAAAAAAGUUUUUUAUAAAAAUUAACAUGUAUAAGAUAACUUUAAUACUAUGAAAUAAAAUGAGUACACCAUUCAA